GGCUGCAGGCUGGGGCACCCGUGCCGGGGCUGCCAAGGCGGAGGUGACACCAUGGUGCUGUCUGCCAGCGACAAGACCAACGUCAAGGGCAUCUUUGCCAAAAUCGGCGGCCAAGCCGACGACUAUGGCGCCGAGACCCUGGCGAGGAUGUUCGUCACCUACCCCCAGACCAAGACCUACUUCCCUCACUUCGACGUGUCAGCCGGCUCCGCUCAGGUCAAGGCUCACGGCAAGAAGGUUGCGGGUGCUCUGAUCGAAGCUGUCAACCACAUCGAUGACAUCGCUGGUGCCCUCUCCAAGCUGAGCGACCUCCACGCCCACAAGCUCCGCGUGGACCCCGUCAACUUCAAACUGCUGGGCCAAUGCUUCCUGGUGGUGGUUGCCAUCCACCAGGCUGCUGCCCUGACCCCAGAGGUCCACGCUUCCCUGGACAAGUUCCUGUGUGCUGUGGGCAACGUGCUGACUGCCAAGUACCGUUAAGACAGCACUGCGGCGGGAGCUGGACCCCCACCCUCUGCCAGCCCUCCGACAACGAGCAGCCAAAUGAUCUGAAAUAAAAUCUCUUGCAUUUGUGCUCCA